CUAAGCGCAGGCACGUUCCUCGUCCGGAGCUUAUGGUUGUGGUUUGCAAGUGGUAAGGCAAUCUGCUCCUCCAUCUAACCGCCCUUUGACAGGUAGAUACGCUCAAGAAAAGGAACAAAACAAAGCGAAUUAGGGUUUCUAAACAUCUUCCAACUGUUGAAUCUCCAACAGUUAGUGAAUCACUUGGCUUUUCUUUUUUCUUUUUCCCCAUUCGAUUUUACAGACUUCCGUUUUCUCUCUCCUUAUUUACUGGUCUUGCAAAGAUUCCAGUGAUUUAAGGUAUUUUCUGGUUAGGGAAUCUAUGAUUUUACAGAUCUAAUAAGCAAUUACCAGUGGAAUUCUCAACUACUUAUAUUACUGGUUCGAGGCGAUUUAAUCGGAUAGAAUGACGGAAAACUCCAAAUAGUGGACUGGGAGUAGAGUUUCCCUUGUUAUAAUAGAAAAUACACGAUUUCACCAAUCUUUGGCUCCAUCAAGUAGAAGAGAAGAAGAAGGAGGUUUUGUCGACUACGAAAGGUAGACGUCGGAAGAUUCUCGAAAAGUACAAUAUCUUUUUUAACUGGUUCGACUGGAAAAAAUUAGUGACAUCGAGACUGAUCGUAAGUGGAUGAUUGCUGGACUGUAGCCUCGGUUAUCUGAGAUCCGUAAUCGUUUCCAUUUCAGAAGCUUGAGCUUCUACCGAAUUUUCUCGUUUUUCCUUUAUUUUUUUUCCUUUUUCAAUCUCGGAAGCAGUACAUGCCUUACGAUUUCGCUUUCAUUCUAGAAAAGGAAACCAGAGGCCCAAAGUUAUUGAUGCAGUUGUCAGCUCAUAUUCUUAGGGAUUAGCAUCGGUUUCGACUAAAAUCCUUUGAACUUUUCUCAGUUACAUAAUAUAGAGUUGCCUCAGUGAGCCUUUCGAUUGAUAAAUUAUUCAGCAUAAAAUCUCUAGUCGGUGUUCUAGCAGUAAACUCUAUUUACUAGACGUCUCUCUAGUUUCCAGGCUAGGAAUUGAUAGAUUCACGAGGUGACUCUGAACCCGGGCCAUCUCUUGACGUCCUUAAGCAAGUAUUAUUGAUUCUGGUGAUUAUUGGCGGUUUCGAGCAUUGCAGAUGAACUUCAACUGCAAUCCUGAACUAAAGCGAGGAUCUGCAGAGUGAGGGGUCGUUGGAAAAGCAUACGUCUGUUGUUUUCGGUUUUUCAUGAACUUCUGAUUCAGUAUAGUUUUGUCUGGAUAUGAAGAUCCCCUCAAACAGUGAGCUUGCCGUAUCGAUUUGUGUGUGCAGCGACGUAAAGAUUUCAUCGCAUCUACUCUAUACUUCUGAUCUUGUUCGGAUUCUUUAGCUUUUCAAUGACAUUUGCUGGGUUUCUUGUUCGAAUUCACUGUCCCUGAACCUGAAGCUCUAAAAGGACUUCACUUACCUCUCAAAGAGGACUUAGGUUAAGUCGGUUGGUGAAUAGUAGCGCUCAAUUACAGGAAAGAUGAAAGGGGCCGUCUUUGUUGCUAUAGCUGCUGCUGUUGGUAAUCUGUUGCAGGGAUGGGAUAAUGCAACAAUUGCAGGAGCUGUUCUUUACAUAAAGAAGGAAUUUCAGUUGGAAAGUGAACCAACUAUAGAAGGACUAAUUGUAGCCAUGUCUCUUAUUGGAGCUACGAUUAUUACAACAUGCUCUGGACCAGUAUCAGAUUGGCUUGGUCGGCGUCCAAUGUUGAUAAUAUCAUCAGUUCUCUAUUUUGUCAGUGGCUUGAUAAUGUUUUGGUCUCCUAAUGUUUAUAUUCUACUCUUGGCAAGGCUUCUAGAUGGAUUUGGAAUUGGUCUUGCAGUCACUCUUGUUCCUGUUUAUAUAUCUGAGACUGCUCCAUCAGAAAUAAGGGGACUAUUGAAUACCCUUCCACAGUUCACUGGUUCUGGUGGAAUGUUUUUGUCAUAUUGUAUGGUGUUUGGCAUGUCACUUACGGAUUCACCAAGCUGGAGGUUGAUGCUCGGGGUUCUUUCUAUUCCUUCUGUAGUAUACUUUGCAUUGACCAUAUUUUUCUUGCCUGAGUCUCCACGGUGGCUAGUGAGUAAGGGAAAGAUGCUUGAGGCAAAACGGGUUUUGCAAAAAUUACGCGGCAGGGAAGAUGUCUCAGGUGAGAUGGCUUUGCUGGUUGAAGGUCUUGGAGUUGGAGGUGAAACAUCUAUAGAAGAAUACAUUAUAGGCCCUGCCAAUGAGCUCGCUGAUGACCAAGAACCAACUGCUGAAAAGAACCAGAUUAAGUUAUAUGGGCCUGAAGAGGGGCUUUCCUGGAUUGCCAGACCUGUCACUGGGCAAAGCACUCUUGGUCCAGUUUCCCGACAUGGAAGUAUGGAGAGCCGUCAGAGUGUGCCCCUUAUGGACCCUAUGGUCACCCUCUUUGGCAGUGUCCAUGAAAAGCUUCCUGAGAUGGGAAGCAUGCGAAGCAUGCUCUUCCCCAACUUUGGCAGCAUGUUCAGUGUGGCAGAGCAACAGGGUAAAAAUGAGCAGUGGGAUGAGGAGAGUCUCCGGAGGGACGGUGAGGAUUACACAUCUGAUGCAGCAGGGGAUGAUUCUGAUGACAAUUUGCAGAGUCCACUUCUCUCACGUCAGACAACAACUAUGGAAGGGAAGGACAUGGUUCCACCUCCUGCUUCACAUGGUAGCAUUUUGAGCAUGAGACGAAAUAGCAGUCUUAUGCAGGGAGGGGAGCCAGUCAGUAGCAUGGGUAUUGGUGGUGGUUGGCAGUUGGCAUGGAAGUGGUCUGAGAGGGAAGGCGAAGAUGGAAAGAAGGAAGGGGGAUUUAAGAGGAUCUACUUGCAUCAGGAGGGUGUCCCUGGAUCUCGGCAUGGGUCUCUUGUUUCACUUCCUGGCAUUGAUGCCCCUGUAGAAGGUGAGUUCAUCCAGGCUGCUGCUCUAGUGAGCCAACCUGCUCUCUACUCUAAGGAGCUUAUGGAACAGCAUCCAGUUGGACCAGCAAUGGUUCACCCAUCUGAAACUGCUGCUAAAGGGCCAAGGUGGGGAGAUCUUUUUGAGCCUGGUGUCAAGCAUGCAUUGCUUGUUGGUGUUUUGAUUCAAAUACUUCAACAGUUUGCUGGCAUAAAUGGAGUUUUAUACUACACACCUCAGAUUCUUGAACAGGCAGGAGUUGAAGUGCUCCUUGCAAACAUGGGUAUUGGUUCUGACUCUGCCUCUAUCCUUAUUAGUGCAGUAACUACUCUCUUGAUGCUUCCUUGCAUUGCUGUCGCAAUGAGGCUCAUGGAUAUUUCUGGUAGAAGGCGUCUGCUACUCACCACAAUCCCUAUCCUGAUAGUCUCCCUUGUGGUUCUAGUCGUUAGCAAUAUUGUGACCAUGAACAGUGUCGUUCAUGCCAUACUCUCAACCAUAAGUGUGGUGGUCUACUUCUGUUGCUUCGUCACAGGUUUUGGGCCAAUUCCCAAUAUACUCUGCUCAGAGAUAUUCCCCACACGGGUCCGUGGGGUCUGCAUAGCCAUCUGUGCCCUUGUAUUUUGGAUUGGUGAUAUCAUUGUCACAUAUACACUCCCUGUGAUGCUUACCUCCAUAGGCCUUGCUGGUGUUUUUGGAAUCUAUGCUGUUGUAUGUUGCAUCUCAUGGGUGUUUGUCUUCUUGAAGGUUCCUGAAACCAAGGGCAUGCCCCUUGAAGUUAUUACAGAGUUCUUUGCAGUUGGUGCAAGACAGGCUGCUGCCAAGAAUGACUGACGUGCUCAUGAAGAGAUUUGGAAAUUUCCAUUCGUCAGUUCAAAGGCAUUAUGAGCUACUAGAUACAUCAUUUCAGUUUCAGCUAUAAUGCCAAUGGUGUCUGGAGUUGAAGAAGUAUGGGAGAUGAUUUUAGUUGUUUUAAUCUGAAAAAAGAGAGGUGAGCAUCAAAAGCUGGAAAUUAUGAGAUAAGCGGUUGGUGUAUUAGAGUUGGGUUUUCUUUUUUACCUCAUUGAGGUGUUUAAAAGUAGAAAACUUUGAUUUCUUCAAUUCAAAUUUCCUCCUUUUGUCUAAAUCGUCAUUUAAAAUUUUUAUCAAAUGAGCUGCUAAAUUAUUUGCGUUUCUAUGUAUAUGAGGAAUGCUAUUACUGUCGUUAAUAGAUGUAGUCAUGUAGACAUGUAUUCUCAGUUUCUCACCAUCAUAUGAGGAAUGCUAAAUUAUUGGA